CUUCUGGAAAUCUCAUGCCGCCACCAGCAUUCUCAUUCCCAGACCCAGACGAUAAAGGAGAAAUGGGGUUCCUCAGGGGGACAGGCACAUCUCCAGACUGGGGUUCGGCCGAAGCGACGCAUGCUCCAGCCCCAUGGGCAUGCCUGCGAUCGAGGGACGCAGCUGACAGACUCCAAAGUGCUUCCUCCCUUUUGAAAACUGCGGAAAACCAUCCCUUCAGACUCUGGAACCCCACGCCCCCCAGCCCAGCCGGACUCACUGGCGUGAAUGUUGACCUUCUCUGCUCGCUGUCCCACGUAGCGCCCGAGAGUGCGCCCCCUGCUGUGCACACUCGCGAGUGUCAGGGUGGAGGCCAGCAUGGCGAAGAUGAGCUUUGUGUCGUCAGCAGCUUGUCGACUGGUGCUGGGCUUGCUGAUGACAUCAUUGACUGGGUCCUCCCUGCAGGGCGGCGAGUGCCCGCAGCUGUGCGUGUGUGAAAUCAGGCCCUGGUUCACCCCGCAGUCCACGUACAGGGAAGCCACCACCGUCGACUGCAAUGACCUCCGCCUCACCCGGAUCCCCGGCAACCUCUCCAGCGACACGCAAGUGCUUCUCUUACAGAGCAACAACAUCGCCAGGACGGCGGACGAGCUGCAGCAGCUCUUCAACUUGACGGAGCUCGACUUCUCCCAGAACAACUUCACAAGCAUCAGGGAGGUGGGGCUGGCCAACCUGACGCAGCUCACCACGCUGCACCUGGAGGAGAACCAGAUCACCGAGAUGACGGACUUCUGCCUGCAGGACCUCAGCAACCUCCAGGAGCUCUACAUCAACCACAACCAGAUCAGCGCCAUCUCCGCGAACGCGUUCUCAGGCUUAAAAAACCUCCUACGGCUCCACCUGAACUCCAACAAACUGAAGGUCAUCGACAGCCGCUGGUUUGACUCGACGCCCAACCUGGAGAUCCUCAUGAUCGGGGAAAACCCCGUGAUCGGCAUCCUGGACAUGAACUUCAGGCCGCUGGCGAACCUGCGAAGCUUGGUUCUGGCCGGCAUGUAUCUGACCGACGUCCCCGGGAACGCGCUGGUGGGCCUGGACAGCCUGGAAAGCCUGUCUUUCUAUGAUAACAAGCUGGUCAAGGUCCCUCAGCUCGCCCUGCAGAAAGUUCCCAACUUGAAAUUCUUGGACCUCAACAAAAACCCCAUCCACAAAAUCCAGGAAGGGGACUUCCGGAACAUGCUCCGCCUGAAAGAACUGGGGAUCAACAACAUGGGGGAGCUGGUGUCCGUGGACCGCUACGCCCUGGAUAACUUGCCGGAGCUCACGAAGCUGGAGGCCACCAACAACCCCAAGCUGUCCUACAUCCACCGUCUGGCUUUCCGCGGCGUGCCCGCUCUCGAGAGCCUGAUGCUCAACAACAACGCGCUCAACGCCGUUUACCAGAAGACGGUCGAGUCCCUCCCCAACCUGCGCGAGAUCAGCAUCCACAGCAACCCCCUGCGCUGCGACUGCGUCACCCACUGGAUCAACUCCAACAAGACCAACAUCCGCUUCAUGGAGCCGCUGUCCAUGUUCUGCGCCACGCCACCCGAGUACCGGGGGCAGCAGGUGAAGGAGGCCUUGGUCCAGGACUCCGGCGAGCAGUGUCUCCCCAUGAUAGCUCACGACACGUUCCCGAGCCAUUUAAGCGUGGACAUCGGCACGGCGGUUCUCCUGGACUGCCGCGCCAUGGCCGAGCCGGAGCCCGAAAUUUACUGGGUGACGCCCCUUGGAAACAAGAUAACUGUGGAAGUGCUUUCCGAGAAAUACAGGCUAAGUAGUGAAGGCACCUUGGAAAUAGCCAACAUACAGAUCGAAGAUUCGGGAAGAUACACCUGUGUCGCCCAGAAUGUGGAAGGGGCGGACACGCGCGUGGUGACAAUUAAGGUAAACGGAACCCUUCUGGAUGGCACCCAGGUGCUGAAAAUAUACGUCAAGCAGACGGAAUCUCAUUCCAUUCUAGUGUCCUGGAAAGUUAAUUCCAAUGUCAUGACGUCAAACUUAAAGUGGUCAUCUGCCACCAUGAAGAUUGACAACCCCCACAUCACAUACACUGCCAGGGUCCCCGUGGAUGUCCACGAGUACAACCUCACACACCUGCAGCCUUCCACAGAUUACGAAGUGUGUCUCACGGUGUCCAAUAUCCAUCAGCAGACUCAAAGGUCAUGUGUGAACGUGACAACCAAAAACGCGGCCUUCGCACUGGACAUUUCUGAUCAAGAAACCAGCACAGCGCUGGCUGCGGUCAUGGGGUCCAUGUUUGCUGUCAUUAGCCUUGCGUCCAUUGCUGUGUAUAUUGCCAAGAGAUUUAAGAGGAAAAACUACCACCAUUCAUUGAAAAAGUAUAUGCAAAAGACCUCUUCCAUCCCACUAAAUGAGCUGUACCCACCACUCAUUAACCUCUGGGAAGGUGACAGUGAGAAAGACAAAGAUGGCUCUGCAGACACCAAGCCAACCCAGGUGGACACAUCCAGAAGCUAUUACAUGUGGUAACUCCGUGGAUGUUUUGCUUCUGGUAGUAAGGAGCACAAAGACAUUUUUGCUUUAUUCUGCAAAAGUAACAAGUUGAAGACUUUUGUAUUUUUGACUUUGCUAGUUCGUGGCAGAGUGGAGAGGACGGGUGGAUAUUUCAAAUUUUUUUAGUACAGCGUAUCGCAAGAGUUUCACACGGCUGGCAGCGUCUCCGGGCUUCCAGUUUGUGUUUGGUUUUUAUUCUUAUCAUUAUUAUGAUUAUUAUUAUUAUAUUAUUAUUAUUAUUUUGUUUUAGUUGUGCUAAACUCAAUAAUGCUGUUCUAACUCCAAUGCUCAAUAAAACGAUUAACAACAGGUUGGGGUUCCCCUGUGCUUUUACCAGUAGCAUGACCCCUUCUUCUGAAGCCAUCAGUAGAAAGUACCACUUCCUCUGCUAACAACACCGUUGUGAAGCAGCACUGAACUUUUUGUAGCAAUCUGGUCUACAGACUUUUCACUCAAGAAGCUAAGGCUAGACUUGUUACCUUCGUUGAAUGAUGUUAGUUAACUGUACUGUAAUGUUGUAUCAACUGAAUUGAAUGUUUGCCUUUGAACAAUGACUUUUCUUUUUUUGUAAUAGUUUAAAGAGGCUUAGAAAAAGCUAACAAGCAAUAGAAAUAUGUAUAUCAGAUUUUUUUAAUGUAACAAACUACAUGUUAAUUGUUACCUUAUUCUUUUUAUCUUUAGUAGACACUUUUAAAAGAAAAGACAAUAAUUUUGUUGUGUUUAACUCACCAACGUGUGGUGUAUAAUGAAGACAGAACUAUAAUAAAUUAGUUUUGUUCUGAUUUUUUUAGAACAUUUGCAAUAAUGGAUCAUUUAUAGUUCCUGCUAGUGGCAGCAGUGAUAUUUUUCACAUCCCUGAAAACAACCACCCAAA